AUGCCGUCCCCAUCCUCGCGCUGGUUCCAUCAAGGCACAGACCCUGGCACAAUCAUCACCCUCGAUCAACCUGUCCCUUCGCAGUGGAAGAUCCUCGAGAAGCUCAAUGAGCGUAACUUCCAGGCUAGCGAAGAAAUGCGUCGUCGCCAUGGCCACUACUCUUACGCUACGGCUAAAUUCCUCUGUUGCAAUCCAAAGAAGCCCUCCAGGAAAGCCUUCAUGCGAGUUUAUCUUCAGGUUCCUUUUAAGAACACUGAGAUACAAAAUCCGAAGACCAGAUCCCGCCAGGCCACAACAUACACGCCCCCAGAGUUAACUGCCUACCAGGAGUUUACUCAGAAGGAUUUCAGCAAUGUACCAAAGCUCCUAGGAUACAAAGUCAACACUCAAGAUAAGCCAGGGCUGGUCCCAAGUGGGUUUGCGAUCUGGCUGGCGUGGGAAAUGGUCCCAGGUCUACGCCUCGGUAACAAGCUUGGGACCAUACUGUACUCUGUCCGCUGUCGAGAGGGAAUAUGUCCGUAUGGCCUUUAUGGAGGCUCUUCCGCGCUCGAGAAAGGGUAUGGACCUUAUACGCCCAGUCUCUCUAAGCUAGUCUGGCACAGUCAAACAGGCACCCUUUACUUCAUCGGUUACAUCUACGGCAUUAACGACGAACCUAAAGACCGGAGCAACAUCAAGAUCGGUCCUGAGGCCCUAGCGCGCUAUGGCCUCGCGAAACCCUCUUCGAAUGAAUGGCGUAACAAAAAUUGGAACGGGGAUACCACAGGCUGGAAAAUGUAG